CUUCCCGGCCGCGCUGGGGACCCCCAGCCGCCGUCCGCGCCCCCCCACCCACCGCGACGCCCGGAGGCGGAGGGGUCUCUUUGUUCGGGCGGCGGGCACGGGGGGCCACCUCCCGCGGUGUCACCGCACCCACCCCGCGCCCUCCCUCCGCCUCCUGGAGUUCACCCGGACCAGGUGGCGGCGGGUGCCUUUUGGGGGUGCGCGGCCAUGCAAUUGGUGGAUUUUUUUAAACCGUUUUGGAGGGGGGAGCGCGGCGUUGGGGGCGGGAGAGCGCUCCUGGCUGUGAGCUGCUCCUCCCGCUUCGCUCGGCGCUCUCCUGCCGCUCCGCUCCGGGUCUCCGGCGCUCCUCUCCCCGGCUCGGCCAAGCGCGCUGCCCCGACGCCGCCACCCAGAGCCGGGCCGCGCCGGGCGCCGAGAUGAAGGUGCUGGGACACCGGCUGGAGCUGCUCACAGGCCUCCUGCUCCACGACGUGACCAUGGCCGGGCUGCAGGAGCUGCGAUUCCCUGAGGAGAAGCCGCUGCUCCGGGGCCAGGACGCCACCGAGCUGGAGAGCUCCGAUGCCUUCCUCUUGGCUGCAGACACAGACUGGAAGGAACAUGACAUCGAGACACCCUACGGCCUUCUGCACGUAGUGAUCCGGGGCUCCCCCAAGGGGAACCGCCCAGCCAUCCUCACCUACCAUGAUGUGGGCCUCAACCACAAACUAUGCUUCAACACCUUCUUCAACUUCGAGGACAUGCAGGAGAUCACCAAGCACUUUGUGGUGUGUCACGUGGAUGCCCCUGGACAACAGGUGGGGGCGUCGCAGUUUCCUCAGGGGUACCAGUUCCCCUCCAUGGAGCAGCUGGCUGCCAUGCUCCCCAGCGUGGUGCAGCAUUUCGGGUUCAAGUAUGUGAUUGGCAUCGGAGUGGGCGCUGGAGCCUAUGUGCUGGCCAAGUUUGCACUCAUCUUCCCCGACCUGGUGGAGGGGCUGGUGCUGGUGAACAUUGACCCCAAUGGCAAAGGCUGGAUAGACUGGGCUGCCACCAAGCUCUCCGGCCUAACUAGCACUUUACCCGACACGGUGCUCUCCCACCUCUUCAGCCAGGAGGAGCUGGUGAACAACACAGAGUUGGUGCAGAGCUACCGGCAGCAGAUUGGGAAUGUGGUGAACCAGGCCAACCUGCAGCUCUUCUGGAACAUGUACAACAGCCGCAGAGACCUGGACAUUAACCGGCCUGGAACGGUGCCCAAUGCCAAGACACUCCGCUGCCCUGUGAUGCUGGUGGUUGGGGAUAAUGCACCCGCUGAGGACGGGGUGGUGGAGUGCAACUCCAAACUGGACCCGACCACCACGACCUUCCUGAAGAUGGCAGACUCUGGAGGGCUGCCCCAGGUCACACAGCCAGGGAAGCUGACCGAAGCCUUCAAAUACUUCCUGCAAGGCAUGGGCUACAUUGCGUACUUGAAGGACCGAAGGCUGAGUGGAGGAGCAGUGCCCUCGGCCAGCAUGACCCGCCUGGCGCGCUCCCGCACUGCGUCCCUCACCAGUGCCAGCUCGGUGGAUGGCAGCCGCCCACAGGCCUGCACCCACUCGGAGAGCAGCGAGGGGCUGGGCCAGGUCAACCACACCAUGGAGGUGUCCUGUUGAAGCCCUCGAUCCCACUGACGACGCCCACGUUGAGGCCCCACCGCCAUCCUUGCGCCGGCUCAUGUUCCCUUUAGUUUAUUUUUGUGAGGGCAAAGGGGAGGAAAUGGGGUUCUGUUUGAAAAAAAUGAGGGGAUCUUAGAUGCUACAGCAGAACAGUCUCCAGGUGUUUUGAGGGGCUCACUCCUCCUCAUCCCAUCUCACUCUCCGUGGUAACUUGGCCGACUUGACCCCUCUCAUCCCACUCCCUGCAGCCCAGGCACAGGAGGGCAGGGCCAUAGGGAGGGAGAUUCACUAAGGAUCCAGGCCAUUCCUGGGUGAGCCCUUGGGCAGGCAUGUUUGGAAAUGAGAGAGGCUUCGAGAGGGUGGGUGCUGGGCCCACAGGGGUGCGGGGCCAGCUCAGGCACUGGCGUGGGAGCCCUGGAAGACCCCUUCCCCCACCUUCCACCAAGCACACCUGUUUCUGUCUCAUAGCACCUGUGACAAUUAUCUAGACAACAGCCACAGGGGGGCGCUCGGACCAGGCAGCCACUUUCCUGGUGCUCUCUGGGCCCAGCUGGUGCUGUAGGGCCAGGCAGGCAGGGGCGUCAAGGGGUUUCUCUGCCCAAGACAGAACAUGGAGAACCGUGAGGGCAGGAACCCCACAGACUGUCCCUUCCAGCCCACACUCUGCCACCUCCUGGCCCUGUCCCAUUUCUGAGCCAACGCCUCCCCGAGGCAGAAGUUGCCUGGUCCUCUGUCCCCACAGUGACCUGACUGGGGGUGAGGGAGAAGGAGGAGAGAGCCCAUGUGUGGUGUGUGUGCCCCUGAGAACUUCGUGGUGACUGCCUUCGGGAACCCGCAAGUGGCCAGAGGCAGGGGUAGCUGAGUUCCUGGAGACCCCUUUUUUGCCCCCAGCUUCCCCAGAGGGCAACGCCAUCAGUAGCAGUGUGGUGUUUCAGGCAGAGCUCUAGCCAGGCUGUGCCAGUGUGUCGCGGAAGCAUCACUAAGGAAGAGAGAGUUUAUUUAGUCAACUGGCCCAAGGCAGUGAGGCUUCCACAGUCCCACACCCCAUAGCCACCUGGGCUGGGGCUUACUGGAGGCUGAAGGUUCUGGACAUGAACAAGGGUCAGGUAGAGGAGAAAGGCUUCCCCUACACCCCAGCCUCCUGCUGUCCCCUGAAGCCCAGGACUGCGUUGUAUGCUUUCCAUCCACUCACUUACCCCAUAGCAUCUUACGGCCCAGAAACCAGAGCCAUUUGUCUCGGACCCUAAAUCAAUGGUCACAAGCCCCAAAACAGAGGGGAGAGAGCAAUGAAAACAUGAAGGGCUGUGGAGGGGGGAGGGGUUGUGGCGGGUGUUCUAAGGCUGAGAGGACACCUAUAUGCAUAUUUCCUCUACACACAUCACCCCCCUUCUAUAAUCUUAAGCCAUGACUAGCCUGGUGGCGUGUUAGUUUCUGCCCAGUUCUACCCCCUGAUGUGCUUCUUCUGAAUACUGAAUGUGACUGUUUGAAAGCUGGUAGAAUUCAUCCCUCUUACUGUAGAUAGCAUUGCAAAUCUUGGAAUUUUGUUUUUUGCUGUGUUUCCAGAUAUAUCUAUAAAUAUCUAUACAUUAUAUAUAUGUGUGUGUGUGUGUGUGUGUGUGUGUGUGUGUCUGUACAUCGGGUCCUCCCAUGUGUGGUGGUCCUCCGGAGGUUGUCUCUUUGGUCAAGGUGAACUUCUAAUGUUUAUUAUUUUCUUCUCCGCACAAAGUAAAGAGCCUAAUUUUGUGUAUUCUGGUGGCUGCUGUCAUGAGAUGACAAAAUGUAAAACAAAACUCUAGUCAACAUAGAAAGAGUUAACCGUGCUGAAAAACUAAUAAAGAACCUAAGAAGAA